UGACCUCAUCAUCUGAUGACGUGUCGGUUUGUUUACAGCGCUGCAGCCGCUCCCGCAGACAUGGCUGUGGACAUUACGUUGCUGUUCAAAGCCAGCGUGAAGACGGUGAAAACCAGGAACAAGGCAAUAGGAGUAAACGUGGACUCUGCCAAAGAUGAGCUUUUCAAGAAGAGCCGACCGAAGAGCGGCUUCUCGCUGAGGGCCAAGGAAGUGAUAACGAACAUCUCGAAGCUCAAAGACUUCCUGCUGCAGCACAGGAAAGACUACGUGAGCGCCGGAAGUCUUAUUUCAACAGAUCUCAGCCGCAUGACCGACAGCGAGCGAGACCAGAUUGACCAGGAUGCUCAGAUCUUCAUGAGGACCUGCUCUGAAGCCAUCAAGCAGCUACGCAAUGAAGUGGAGAAGCAGGCGGCGUCAGCUCAGAUUAAGGAACACCGGAUUGCGGUGCUGGACCUCAUUGACAUGUAUCUGAAAGGAGUGUGUAAGCUGUACUCUGAGCAGAGAGCGAUUAGAGUCAAGAGGAUGGUGGACAAGAAGAGACUAUCCAGACUGGCACCAGAGCAUCCCGGUAAAGUGGAGAAAACUGUGGAGGUGGAGCCUGCAGAGGAGAAAGUUGUUAAGGAGGAAAGUGCUGAGAAGAACGUAUCAGAAGUGAAGGACAACGGCGUCAGCCUGUGGGAGGAGGGCCGAGUGGAAGACGAGCUCUCUCCUGAGGAAAUCCAGAUGUUCGAACAGGAGAACCAGAAAUUGGUCAGCGAAAUGAACAGCCUGGUGGAUGAAGUGAGGCAAAUUGAAGGAAAAGUGGUGGAGAUUUCCCGACUUCAGGAGAUCUUUGCUGAAAAAGUCCUCCAACAAGAGACCGACAUAGAUAAUAUUCACCAGCUGGUUGUGGGAGCAACAGAAAACGUCAAAGAGGGCAAUGAGGACAUUCGAGAGGCAAUCAAAAACAAUGCUGGCUUCCGAGUGUGGAUCCUCUUCUUCCUCGUCAUGUGCUCCUUCUCGCUCUUAUUUCUGGACUGGUACGACAGUUAACGAGGCUCCCUCGAAGGACUGUUUGACGGUCCUAUAAAGACGUCAUGACAGCCUUUUGGACUGAACGCACGGCUCACUGCGCUGCAGCUGGUGGACAAGUUGUUCUCGAAGAAGACUGGCUUGGAGCGUAGACGAGGGUCUGUUCGCCCCCCUGAUGUAGAUCUAUUCGUCUUUGCCCAGCACUUUCAGGGGAGCGCUGAUGGAGGAGUGCACUUCUGUGGACAGAGAGCUGUAUCCGGUUUAAGACGUGAUCCAGAGGAUUAUCAGUCUUAUUCUACCACUAAAAGAGCGAUCAAUGUUUGCCUGCCGCUGCUGAUGAUGUCUUUUGUAAAUCCUACCACAUAAUAAAAUAUUAGUCUUUCAAAUUAAAUAAAAAUCAGUAGAAACACUA